UUGACGUUUUAUUUGAAUAAAAAAUUACUCAUUCGACCAUGUAGAUUGGAUUUUGAACUUUCGUCGUUAAGAUUUCAUCAAACAUUUAUCUUUCGUACUACUUUCUGCCAGCUUAAUUUGCGAACAAAAUAUGCUGUAUAAUUUGAAAUGAUUUUCAAAUUGAUAUUAAUCCUGUGUGCACAACAAUAUGUCCUGUCUAGUACUGGAAAACCUCAUAUUAUAACGAUUAUUGCUGAUGAUUUGGGAUGGAAUGACGUCGGAUUUCAUGGAUCGGAUCAAAUACCGACUCCGAAUAUAGAUGCUUUAGCUUAUAAUGGACUGAUUUUAAACCGGCAUUAUACUCAACCCACAUGUACACCUUCUAGAGCAGCUUUAAUGACUGGAAAAUAUCCAAUAAGAUUAGGCCUUCAAGGACAGCCUAUAACUCCCAAUGUUAAAGUAGGAUUGCCAUUAACCGAGAAAAUUCUACCUCAGCACCUGAAAGACCUAGGAUACGUAACAAGAUUAAUAGGUAAAUGGCAUCUGGGACAUUAUACGUAUGAUUUUACCCCUACAAAAAGAGGAUUCGAUUCGCACUUUGGAUACUAUAAUGGGUGGAUUCGGUACAACGACAGUGUACUUACAGCUGGUAAUAAAAAAUGGGGAUACGAUGCUUGGAAUAAUCACGAUCGAGCCGCAGACAGAUUCAAAGGAAAAUACGCCACUGAUGUAUUUACUGAAGAAGCUGUAAACAUAAUCAAAAAUCACGACACUUCUACACCAUUAUUUUUAGACGUUUCACACGUAGCCGUACACGCUGGCUUUAAUAAUCUUCUGCAAGUAAGAAAUGAGCAAGAGAACAACGAAAGAUUCGCCAAUAUCGAAGAUCAACAUCGAAGAUUAUUUGCUGGUGUUUUAACUGCACUCGAUGAAUCUGUGGGCAAACUAAUGGUCGCUCUAGACGAGAAAAACAUGUUGGAAAACUCCAUCAUAUUGUUCAUUGCCGAUAAUGGAGGAGCGACAAUGGAAAGUGCUGGCAACGAAAAAUCUAAAUUCAAAAACAGUGCAUCAAAUUGGCCUUUACGUGGUAUGAAAUCUUCGAUAACUGAAGGCGGAGUUCGAGGUGUUGCAGCAAUUUGGUCUCCUUUAUUCAAGUCCAGAGCUAAUUCAGUGUCUAACACAAUGGUUCACCUUACUGAUUGGUUACCUACAUUUUACGCAGCUGCUGGAGGAGACAUUGGAAAAUUGGGAAUCAUCGACGGUGUUAAUCAAUGGCCUUAUUUAACUGGAAAAGAAAACUCUCCGGCUCGAAAAGAGUUGUUGAUAAAUUUCAACGAAAAAAACAAUGACGGUGCUCUCAUUAUAGACGACUGGAAAUUCAUUCGAGUGAAUAAUAGUAGGUCAGUGGAGUACAGUGGAGUUAGUGGCCGAGACAGUAUCUAUUCAUAUAGCAUGGAAAAAGUACUACAGACCAAAACACACACAAUAUUGAAUAAAUUCCCCAAAAACGAUAUCUCCGACCCUGCCUCAAAAUUUGCACAAUUAAGAUCGGAAUCUACAAUAAGUGAGAAUUGUAAAGAUCGUAUAAAUGUCCUGGGGUGUUUCCGAAAAGGUUGUUUAUUUAAUAUAAAAAAUGAUCCUUGCGAGUUCAACGAUCAAUCUGAAAACAAACAAGAUCUGCGGAUUGAAUAUGAGAAGAAAUUGAACUCAUAUCGAGAUCAAGUUGUACCUCAACAGAACAUAGACGAAGAUAAGGAUUACGAUCCUAAGAAGUUCGGUAAUUACUGGACGCCCUGGGUGAAUUCAUUCGGUUCUGUCAUUGCACCGAGGAUAUCAACGCUGUUAGUUGGAGAAAUAAUUAUAUUCUUGAUGUACAUUAAACAAUAAUUAAUGCUAAAUGCUA